CACCCUCAAUAGCCAGUAAUGAUGUAUUGAUAUGCUACUUAACAGCUGAUGGACGGUUCAUUGUAGUCACGUGACUGUUUCACGACGUUAAGCGCCACAACACCGUGACGGCUGGCAGCUCACUUGAUCCUUAAAUCGCCGAGUUCAUAUCGUGGCGAUACCCAACAAUACAAUCCAUAAAACCCUCUCCUCUGUCAGCUAACAUCGCUCAUUCAGGGUUGACAGUCAGGUAGAUAUGACCGAAGAGCAGGAUCUCCUUGCCAAGAUCGGUCAGCUUGCUGGCCAGAUCAAUCAGCAUAAAAACCAAGCAGCGCAGAAACCGCGUCCUUACAACACUGCUCCUUAUCCUUCUCAUAGUUCUCGGUAUAACCCAGGCUGGGCGCCAUACCGUGGCAGACCGCCUGCGCGACGUCAUGUAACCCCUCACCGCAAUCGCACCCUCGUUCUCAACAAUGGUGGCAAGGCAAGUUCAGAAGCUGGCUCUGCUGGCUCCUCCGGUGCGAGCGGCGACGGAAGUGAGGUAAAGCAUGCUGCCUCAAAUGGCUGGGUAGCGAAACGCGAUCGUCACAUGCAGUUGAUCAACUCUGCUAUUUAUGAUAAGGAGGCACAGGCGAGGACAAAGGCUAUUGAGCAGAGCCGCAAGCUCAAGGCAGAGAAGCGAACCAAAGUUGAAGAAGCAAAGGUUCUUAACUACGCGCAGGGUGCUGGGAGACAGUAUCCAAGUGCGGUACCAGCUCACACUCCUGCGACUGCACCACGUUCAACAGUUUAUCAGAUCCUCGUCAACGAUAUACCAUUCCAGGUUGCCCGAGGUGGCAGCAAACUGAUCAGAUUAUCCAGUGCGGCUACCGUCCCCAAUCGAUCAAACCAGAGGGCUCGCUUACCUGUAGUAGAUGACCCCGCGAGCGCAAAUUCCACACCGAAGAGAGUCACGGUCGGUGGAGUUCCUUUCGUUCGCAGCAAAAACGGAAACCUCCACCGUCUAGGUGCUGUCGCUUCGAAGAAGAAACCUUCUGAGAUCAAGAAAAAGAAUGAACUCUGCAAGAGAUUCACGUCGACGGGUACUUGUUAUAAGGGACCGUCGUGUCUCUAUGUCCAUGAUCCAAACAAGGUUGCUAUCUGCAAGGAGUUCCUCCAGACUGGUAAAUGCGGCGCUGGGUCCAUGUGUGAUCUGUCCCAUGAACCAUCACCCAAUAGAUCCCCUGCCUGUAUGCACUUCCUUAGAGGGCGCUGCUCCAACCCGGACUGUCGUUACUCCCAUGUUAGGGUAACACCUGGUGCCCCUGUUUGUCGAGAAUUUGCAACCCUUGGCUAUUGCGAGAGAGGUGCCGAAUGCGACCAGAGGCAUGUCCACGAGUGCCCUGAUUACGCCAACACGGGGGCUUGCCAUAAAAAGCGCUGCACGUUGCCACAUGUUGACAGGGCAGGCCAGAUUCGAAAGAACGCUGCUAACAAGGCAGAUACCCUUGCCGACAGUGAGGCCGAUCUCUCCAGCGAAGAGGAGGAAUACGAAGAGAUCGACUCGGAUGAUGUCGACUCUGACGAGCUCGACGAAGGUCCGGAGAUGAUAGAGCCUGGCGUCGACAGUGGCGAGAUCGCUCAGCAACAGGAUUUCGUCCAGUUUUGAGCGCUCUUCUUAUUACUGACUCUAAUUGCAUAGGCAUUGUAGUCGAGACCCUGCUCAAGUAGCUAGAGGAUCUCAGAUUUACGCGGGCAUCAUUGCCUGGCUGUGAAUAUAUUCUCAUUUCAGAAAGAUAUUCUGUUUUGGCGUCAGGGACACAGGGCUUUCAACGAGAAUAGCGAUUGGUGAUUCUGUGUUAUUUUCCUCAACGCGCCAUCCUGUGGAUGGAGAGAAGUUUUACGUGUUCUCAAUUUUACGGAUAUCCAACUUUGGUUUUCUUCAGAUGAGGCAAAAGUGAGCUGGGAAAUGAAAAAGGGAAAAGGAAAAGAAAAGAGAAAGAAGCAACGAUUAGGUUUAACGCUCACAAUACCUGCCAAUCCAGUUCGACCUGGAGUGACGGUUUGUAAUUUGAAUUAUUCUUAACAUCUCCUGGUCAAUGCAUAAAACAUUUGACGUUUUUCAUUUGAU